AUGGUCGAUAAUACUAGUGGAUAUCCGGAUACCUCUAGUGACUAUUAUUCCCACUUUUAUGAUCAACAUGGUGUUAAUUGGCAAUCUGGUGGUGUUGCCAAUUGGUAUAAUGUCUCUACCGAGCAAAAUUCCUCAAGUCUCGGGGCGCUGGCCGCUAUUGGCAGUCAAGCGUGUGGUUGUCAUAGCAUGUUGGUUGAUGGUUGCAACAUGAUAGAACCUUCGAUACAGCAUCAACUGGUGUUGCACGUACAAUAUCAGAAUUCAGAGGUUAAAUCAUUGUCGAUUGGUAAUAUUGUAGAUGAUAAUCUCCAACAAAAGCAUUUUGAUCCUAUGGGUAAGCCAUGUGAGCCUGUUCUUUGUGAAGUUGUCCCUGUUGAAGUUAAUUGCAGGAAGUCAUGUGGGUCUUUGAGCAGUGACAACGACAUUGAGGAGAUUAUUUGUGAAAGUUAUGAUGGUUCUCAACUUGACACUUCUGUUGCCAAGGGUUUAGAUGACGAUGAAUCCAAGUGCAAGGAGGAACAAUGUCGUUUGUUAGUACCUGAUGUCGAUAUGGCUGUGACGGGCGAAUUGACAGUAUCUUUAGAUGAUGAGGUUCCAAAGAAAGAUGUAGAUGACCAGCCACAUGAAUGUUCAGAUGAUGCCACUCAUGAUAGGCAGUGUGACACUAGUGCCAAUAAACUCAAUGAAGUGACAGAAUCAGUGGCUGGAACAGCUAUUUCUGAUGAUAAUCAAGCUGACACAUAUGCUUGGUUGAACUACGGUGAUGCAGUGGAAUGGAGAUUUGACUUGGCUAAUGAUCUUAUGCGCCCUACUAGAAUCAUAGCAUUUGAGGCAUAUAUCACCGGUGAUAAGUCUAGUAAUGCAUUAGUGAGAAACAGUAAUGAUGUGACUAUCCAGCAUGAGGCCGACCAUGAGAGAAAGUCUGCUAUUGAAGUUUCGUUGGUUGAUGCUAAGGUCGAUAACACCCAAGAGAGUGUUGUUGCGGAUGAUGUUUGCAAGGAUACAGAGCCAAUGUUUCUUUAG